CAGAGUGCCCGCCUCCGCGCCCGGUGCGGCGGCGAACGGCGUCCGGGCUCCUUCCGCCCCGCCGGCAGCGCCCGCCCGGCAGCCGAGGCGGGGGAGGGCCUGAGCGGCGGGGGAGGGCCUGAGCGGCGGCGGCGGCCAUGGUGGGCCCGGGCCCGGGCGGCGGGGCGCCGCUGGAGAACGCCAACCCGCUCGUCUACCGCCGCUCGGGGGAGCGGCCGGUGACGGCGCGGGAGGAGGACGACGAGCUGCCCGACUCCAUCGACGACCGGGAGAUCUUCGAUCUCAUUCGCUCCAUUAACGACCCCGAGCACCCCCUCACCCUGGAGGAGCUGAAUGUCGUCGAGCAAGUGCGAGUGAAAGUGAAUGACGCGGAAAGCACGGUGGCAGUGGAGUUCACUCCCACCAUUCCUCACUGCAGCAUGGCGACAUUGAUCGGCCUCUCCAUAAAAGUAAAAUUGAUCCGAUCUCUGCCUGAGAGAUUUAAGCUGGAUGUUCAUAUAACACCAGGAACACAUGCUUCUGAGCAUGCAGUUAAUAAACAGCUUGCUGAUAAAGAACGUGUAGCAGCUGCUUUGGAAAACUCUCACUUACUGGAAGUGGUGAAUCAGUGUUUGUCCGCUCGAUCAUAAUUGCCUGAUGAGGAAAUCGUUGGUAUUCUGCUGUGUAAACUAAUUUUGUAUAUAAGUGGUGAUGCUAGUGUUACACUAUACAUAUAUCUAUGAGCAAAAUAAAAUUACUCGGAUUUUCUUAAAGAAAUGUUUCAUUACUCCUACAAAAACUAGUAUGUGGGAAAUUAGCUUACAGGCAGCUACAAAAAUAUUAUGAAAAUUGACUUUUAAAUGUUAUUAGUCAUCGCACAGGUAGGAUUUUUCUUUAAAAAGAUUUGUUUCAAGCUGGUGUUAACUGGUUUCUCACUAUCCAAAAUUAGUUAUAAACUGCAUUUUAGAAGUGGAUUUUGCACACUGGACUUUACAAGUACACCAAGCUAAUUGGCUAUUAAAAUCUUUACAUUCAUAUGACUGUUUUGGGCUGCCAAUAUAAUUUUAGCUUCAGACAUCAAAAACUGUGUAAGUUCAUGUGUGCAAAGUUGUAACACAUUUUAGCAAUACUUUUAAACACUUCUAAAGCAUCUGCCUGGUUUUUAUUAUAUUAACUUGGAUUAGCCAAAUAUGGAGGGCUCUUUAGACCUGUAUAAAACAUGAUUUAUUUUUAAUUACUCAUUACUUGUGGUAGGAAAUACAGUAUCUUUGAGGUAGGGUUUUUUUUCCAUGCACCUGCUGCAGUAUAGGAGAGAGUUGUUCAUAGUUUUCAGUACAAACAGUCCAGCUACCCUCUGCUGAAAGACUUUCCUGGCAAAGUUUGACAGCUAAAUGACAAGUUCUGCUUUCAACAUAUUGAGAUUUAAUAAUAAUACCUAGCCUAUGCUUCUGAUCGGGGAAAUGUGGCAUUUACUAAACUAUUGUCUUUGGCAGAAAUUGACAAGAGAAAAAUUCAUUAAGACAGAAUUCCAGAAUUAAUUAGAACUUUUGUAAAAGAUGUUUCUAAUUGUGGACCACAUGGGAAAAAAACAACCUGCUAAAGAAAUCCUAUCAGGUAUUUUGGUGCUUGCACACUUGCAACAUUACCUUCAUUGUCAUCAGUUAUCUAGAGAGUAACUAAUACACUUUUUUAAAAGUAGAUUGUGCUUGCCUGUUUGAUGGUAAUGCUUUAUAUUUCAGUGGUAUUUGCUCUCGGAGUAGUCCAGUCUAGUCUGUGUUGAGCAGCUGAGGAAACUGAGGCAGUGGUGAUCCAUGUGUGACAUCUAAAGUCACAUAGCAAAAUAGGACAGAAACAAAUCCAUAUCUUCCCAUUUCAGAAAUGAGGCACCCAGUUUGCACAGCGCUUCUACAGAAAGCCAACACUGCAGCAGCUUUAAUCUGCUUAUUUGGCUUAGCAUCCUUUGAAUGAUCAACGCUUGCUUGGAUGUAUGAAUGAAACUGUAAAUAAACACAAUAUUUAUGUAGUAUUAAUAUUGGGAAAGGAGCAGAAUGACCCAGCUGUUAAUACUAUCUUUCCUCUCUGCCUCUCUUGCUGAAUCACUGAACUGAUUAGUUCUGACAUUGCCAACGUUUGCACCACAAAUGAAACUUCGACCAUGGCAAUGCAUGCAGGCAGCUCACAGGCAACACGCUUGGCUGGUUUGAUUUUGUUUUCUGGGGUUUUUUUAAUAGAAAAUGAAUUUUGCCCUCACAGAUUUUGGGGAAGAAAGGAAUGCAAAUACGUGCCGGGGGAAAACAGAAGGAUGACUAAGCUGCCAACAGAUUGCUUCAACCCGCACUCCAAAUAGAGGAGGAAUCAGUAAAUUAUGCAUUGUUGAAUCUCUCUGCUUGGCUUUUACCGCUACAUAAUAAUUGUGUUAAAUAAUUUAUUGGGAUGUUGGCACUUGCCUCAUGAAGCACAUUGUACGCAGUAACUCUGGGGGUGCGCUUUGCACCAUUCACCUUUUCAGAGAAGCAACAGUAUGGGGUUAGAUUGUUUAAAUUUAUAGUGUAUAGUUGCGGGAUGACUUUUCAGUAAAGGGACUCCGCUGUGGGAUAUCAAAGGAAAGGUCUGACUUCUGCUGCUUAGGGAUGGAGAAUUCUAUUACUUUAGAUCUGGUGUGUUUCUUUAAGUGAUGUGGAUGUUGUAUUUAUGAGAUGAUAGAAACAACAGUAAGGACAAACCACAGUUACUUUGCUGAACAUCACAGGUCCUCCUGUACAGGCUCCCUCAGCUUGGAUACUUGCUGAAUGAUAACAUACCGGCAGUUCCAGCAAAUAUCUUCCAUUCCCUGGUUUUAAUGAUUGUUAGCUGGCUCCUGCUGUACGGUGAUAAAGUGGGAGAAGAACACCUUAAUUUGUUACAAAUAUUUCUUUUCAGACUUAUUUUUCCAAAAAGCUACGCCUAAAUUUAGCCUCUGGAAUGCUUUGUAUUAGGACGCAUUCCAUCAGAAACUAUGACCCUUGAGAGCAGCUGUGUUGAAUACAAACAGCCUCAUUCAAUUCCAGGAGAAAUGCCAGAAGCAGACAUCUGUUUUGCGUUCCUAGGCUCUGGGCAGAGCCUUCCAGGGGUGGCUGAAUGGCAUUCACUACUCUCAAUCUGCAAACACUGCAACAGGAGCUCCCCAGGGCAACUGGCUGUGUUGUGCACUAGAGCAACCUGCCAUGUGUUUGAGCCCACAGACCAACACAGUUCGCGCAUCUCGGGUUCCACCACACUGCACAUACGUGGGCCUGCCCGCACAGUCCUGCUCCCUGGGAGGAAGCAGACUUCUUCCCAGCUGCUCCCGUACUGUCAUUGCUGCCUAGUACCAGCAAUCUGAAACUUUUGAAGACUUCAUCCCCCGCUUUCAUGAGUGGCAGGAAAGCAGCUCAGCAGCUUUGUAUCCAAAGAUGCAACUGAACUGUCCAUGAAAUAACUAACUUCACAAAUCAGUGGCAAUAUUUCUUGUGCUCCUUGGGUGGAGCAAUGUGUACCACACACUGGGAACUGUUAGUGAAAAAAAGUUCUUUCAGUCUUCUGGCCAUGCUUAAGAUUGAUGUGUUUACGUCAAUAAAGUGCUUUGAUAAAGA